AACAGCUGCUCUGAAGUUUAAGAAGAUUAAAGAAGUCUUUGCAGAGUUUGAUGUGUCAGAUACUAUUAAUAGGCUGGGAGAUGAAGCACAACAGGAAGACUAUUGGAUUUACUGUAAACCCAGGCAGAGCCUAAGCAGCAGCAGGACUGGUGGAUUUUCUAACAGCAUUGUGAAGGGAACAGUAUGUAGAAGGAAUGAUCUUACUGACAAACUCCUGGAGGCAAACAAAUUUCAUGAGGGGACAUUACAGGGUGGAGGUUCCCUGAAGAGGUGCUGCUAUCUUUCCUCACACUGAAUUCCCAGACAUAGGGAUGGAAUCCUGCCUUCAUUGCGAAAGAGUCUCAAAUUGAUCAGUUGUAAUUACUUAUUAACUAACCUUUUAUCAGCCUGAUCUCCUAGGCUUAGUUAGCCAUGGUUUCCCUUUUCAUUGGGAAGAUCCUGAUUACAAACAACAAGGACUGUGAUGAAGUGGACACUGAGAGUGAACUUAGCCAGAGACUGGAUAACAAAGUGAUGCUGCUGUAUUUUGGAUCUGGUGAAUGCACUCGAUGCCAGGAGUUUUCACCUGUCCUCAAAGAUUUCUUUGUGAGACUCACUGAUGAAUUUUAUGUGGAAAGGGCUUCCCAGCUGGUCCUGGUAUACGUGUCUCAGGAUGAGACAGAGGAGAAGCAAGAAAAGUUCCUGAAGACCAUGCCAAAAAGGUGGCUGUUCUUACCCUUCCAGGAUGAGUUCAAAAGGGAGCUGGCGUUGAGGUUUGCUGUGUCCAACACACCUGUAGUGGUGGUGCUGAAGCCAAGCGGGGAGGUGAUUGCUGGGAACGCUGUGGAGGAGAUCAGGUGCUUGGGCACUGCCUGUUUCAGAAACUGGCAAGAGGCCGCUGAGCUAGUUGACAGGAGCUUUCUCUUGGCAGAGGACUUUGAUGACUUGGCCAAGAGGAGCAUCACCGAUCCCAUCCGCCGCCUCAAGUACAAGCUGGACAAGAAGACAAGGAAAAAGAAGGAGAAAGAGGAAGUGCUCUGUCCUGAUAUGGAAUUAUGAACUUACAGCAGUACAUACAUUUGCUAGGCUUUUGGUUAUCUUGAAACAGGAGCCUAGAGACUCACUAUCAAAACUCUCCAGACUCAAGGGGGUAGCUUUACUGGAGCACAAGUUAGUAUAGACAUUUGUAUCUUCACAAAGUCUCGGGAUCUCAGUGGCAACUGGAGGAUUCUGAACAGGGAACAACAUGUGGCUGGGGAGAUGAGAUAGCCAUGCCAGGAUUAAAGAUGCAGCCUGAGGAGAGGUUUCAGAGUGGUAGCCGUGUUAGUCUGUAUCAGCAAAAAGAACGAGGAGUACUUGUGGCACCUUAGAGACUAACAAAUUUAUUUAAGCAUAAGCUUUUGUGAGCUAAAGCCCACUUCAUCAGAUGCAUGCAGGAGAGAACAGACAUUUCCUAUUCCUCACUGACAUCUAUUCAUAUAAUAAUAGGUCAGUUUAUAUUAUAAUGGGGACAUUAUUGGACAGAAAUGCCCCAGAGAACAUUUCCUCCUGUUCUCACACUCUCUUUUUUCCCUUUAUUGCCUAGAGAGUUUCUGUUAGUAGCACAUUAAUGACAGUCUGGCUGUAUCAGCUCUCACAUUUUGAUUUCUUGACCUCAAGAAUCUAAACCUGCCUUAGUGAAAAUCUCAUAUUGAGAUCUCAGCCAUUCAUUUACCUAGAAAUUAGCCAGAAAAUGAACUACUACAGAACAGCAGACAGUGGCUUUCAGAAAUACUGCUCUGCACAAUAAAGCAAUUGGUAAUUCACCAAAAAAAGUGAGGAAGACAUUUUAAUUUUUAAAAACAAUAGUGUAUAUAUGGGUUGCUAUUAAUAUGUUAUGCACAGACCACUAAAAGGACUAUGAACCAAAUCCUCCUGUGGAACAGGUGAACUGGCCAACACAUUUUACUUGUUAUGGACCCAGGUGAUACUGGUGUGAGUGACAGUUUCUGAUUCACCUUGCUUAUCACUGGUAACAUUAUGCAGUUUAAAGUUCUAGAACAUGUUAAUUUCAGUGCUGCUGAAUGGAUUUUUUCCCCACCAUCACUGUUUGAUUUUUAUGUUCAGUGAUGCUGAUGCACCCCUGUGGGGCUAUGUGAAAUAAUAAAUAAACCAUAAAAAGAAAAGAAGUAC